AUGGUCGCGGUUGCACAAAUGGCGCCUGUAAAGCCUAAUGGGAAGCAGAUCAAGUCCAAGAACCAGUAUAAACGGGAAAAGGCCAAGCUCAAAAAGUCUCUUACGAAUGGAGCAAACGAACAGGCAAGAUAUUUGUACGUUCAUACUACCAAUGGAAUUAAGGUCGAGGAAUCAGAAGAUGAAAAAAUGGCCGCGGACACGGACGUCGAGUACGUCUACGAGUCGUUGGAAGUCAAGGAUGAAGGGCUAGACGAGUUUUCAUCCGUAUUCGCGCGGUUCAAACCUCCUACGGAAGCUAUUUCGGCUGGUGAUGAUGCUGGGCCGUCAAAAGGCGAGGUAAUCUACUCGGACGACGACAUGCCAUCCGACGCAGGGAGCGACGGGGAGAAGAAGCCACUUUCAAAGAAGAAGGCGCGAAAGGCGAACCGACUUACCGUUGCGGAGCUGAAGCAACUCGUCGCGCGUCCGGAAGUUGUCGAUUGGUACGACCCUUCUGCCGCCGAUCCAAGGCUAUUAAUAGCGCUCAAGUCGUAUCGAAAUACUGUCCCCAUCCCUCAGCAUUGGAGUCAGAAGCGCGACUAUCUGCAAGGAAAGCGAGGGAUAGAAAAGCCGCCGUUCCAGCUCCCUGCCUAUAUCGCUGACACGGGUAUCGCAACGCUCAGAGAGGCGGUAAAAGAGAAGGAAGCAAAUAUGUCGCUAAAGGCCAAGACGCGCGAACGGGUUCAGCCAAAGAUGGGCAAGGUGGAUAUUGACUAUCAAAAGCUUCACGACGCGUUCUUCAAGCACAUGACAAAGCCGGUCACGAGUGGGUUCGGAGAGAUGUACUAUGAAGGGAAAGAGUUUGAGACAUCGCUCAAAGAAAAGAGACCUGGUGAUCUAUCGCCAGAACUCAUAGAAGCCCUUUCCAUUCCCCCUCUUGCGCCACCUCCCUGGCUCAUUAGUAUGCAACGCUUUGGACCGCCACCCAGUUAUCCAACCCUCCGAAUCCCAGGUUUAAAUGCACCGCUACCGCAAGGCGCACAAUGGGGCUUCCAUCCUGGUGGAUGGGGCAAACCGCCUAUGGACGAGUACAAUCGACCGCUGUACGGAGACGUCUUUGGUGUACUUCCCAAAGCUUCGGAUUUCCAAGAGGCGGGUGAACCUAUUGAGCGUGAAGCGUGGGAGGAGAGCAGCGAGGAAGAAGAGGAGGAAGAGGAACAAGAAGAAGAGGAAGAGACUAUGGCUCCUGCAGACGGGUUGCAGACGCCUUCUGGCCUCGAGACACCAUCAGGAAUGACAAGUGUUGUUUCAACUGUCGCCGGUGGUCUCGAAACUCCCGACUUUUUGGACCUUCGCAAGAGCAGUGGUGUUCGACAGGUCUCGGAGGAUACUGGGCCCAAAUCCCUCUACCAAGUCGUGCCGGAAAGACAGACAGCCAUUCGUGGGCUCAUGGGCAGCGAAAGAGGGUACGAUGUCUCUGGUCUGGGUGGAGCAAAUGUUCCAGUCCUAGGUCAGGAGCAACGUGGGUCAAAGCGCAAAGGUGGGGUGGAUGUCUCUAUCGACGCUUCGGAACUUGAAGGAAUGUCCGAGGAGCAAAAGAGGCGGUACUUUGAGGCGGCAUCCCAGGCGUCCUCGGGUGCGGGUGUUCAUGUCCCUGGCGCCAAAGAAGACUUUUCUGACAUGGUCGCUGAAAAUACGAAAAAGCGACAAAAGCAAGAGGCCAAGCGGCGGGACAAGGAGAAGGACUUCAAGUUCUAG